GGGGCGCGGCGGCAUGUCGUCAGUCUGGCGUCCGGCUUCACGCGGCCCCGUCCUGCCUGCCACUGCCGCCGCCCCUCACCCCCGCCCGAACCCUGCGCCCACCUCGCGCCCAACACACGCCCGCACGCCCCAUCGCCGCCCAUGGGACGCCUGCUGAGGUAGCGAAGGAGCCGCCUGGCUAGGGCGCCGCCACCGCAGCCGCCAGCAUGCCUGGACGCGUGCCCCCCGCCUCAGGGCUGCUGUAUGCCGCCUCGCUGGUGUGGGAGGCCGCCAAGGCCGCCGCGCCCACCUCCUGCCUGGGCGCCGCCGACGAGAAACUCAACUUUGCCAAGACAGGCCGCGAGAAGGGCGACAUGGAGAUGACCUCCGUGGGCGGCGCGGCCCCAGGGGGCGAGGGCGGCCCCGCGGGGGAGGGCGCGCCGCCCCUGCAGCGGGAGGCCUCCGUGGGCAGCGUGUCCACGGUGGGCGGGGGGGAGGGCGGCGACCACGACGCCAUCACGGAGUGGCAGGCGGGCUGGAAUGUGACCAACGCCAUCCAGGGGAUGUUCAUCGUGUCCCUGCCGUACGCGGUGUUGCACGGAGGAUACUGGGCAAUCGUAGCCAUGGUUGGUAUUGCGUACAUCUGCUGUUACACGGGCAAGAUUCUGGUGGACUGCUUGUACGAGGUGAACGAGGAGGGCCAGCUGGUCAGAGUACGCUAUUCCUACAAGGGCAUCGCUAGAGAAGUGUUUGGCCAGAAAUGGGGAGGAAAAAUUGUCACUUCAGCGCAGCUGAUAGAAUUGCUCAUGACCUGCAUCCUCUACGUGGUGCUGUGCGGGGACCUCAUGAUAGGCAGCUUCCCCACUGGUCCCAUUGAUGCCCGCUCCUGGAUGAUGCUCUGCGGGGUCCUCCUUAUCCCGUGUGGCUUCCUUAAGAACCUCCACCACGUGUCCACCUUGAGCUUCUGGUGCAUGGUGGCCCAUUUAGCGAUCAACAUCAUCAUCCUGGCGUACUGUGUGGGCAAUGCGGCGAACUGGGCAUGGUCGAAAGUCAUGUUCCGUAUUGACAUCAUAGAAUUCCCAAUUGCCCUAGGGAUCAUCGUCUUCAGCUACACAUCCCACAUCUUCUUGCCCACCUUGGAAUACAACAUGGUGGACCGGUCGAAGUUCACGUGCAUGUUGAACUGGAGUCACAUCACUGCUGCAAUCUUCAAGGCCCUGUUUGGCUGGGUCGGCUUCCUGACCUGGGCUCUCGACACGGAGGAGGUGAUCACCAAUAACCUGCCGAAUCCAACAUUCAAGGGCUUUGUCAAUAUCAUCCUCGUGGUGAAGGCUUUGCUCUCCUACCCACUGCCGUACUACGCUGCCGUUGAGAUCAUAGAGGUGACCUUCUUCAGAGGCAAGCCCAAGACAACGUUCCCUUCAGUGUGGGCGCUGGACGGGGAACUGAAGGUGUGGGCGCUGGCAAUUAGAGUGUUGGUUGUGGUGUUCACGAUUCUAAUGGCUAUUUCUAUCCCUCAUUUCGCGAUUCUGAUGGGGCUGAUUGGCUCCUUCACCGGGACUAUGCUGUCCUUUAUCUGGCCUUGCUACUUUCACCUCAAAAUCAAGGCAGGAAAACUGGAAUGGGGUGACAUUAUUUACGACUACUUUGUCAUUUUCUUAGGGUUCCUGUUUGGGAUCAUCGGAAUCACCACUUCCUUCUACUCCCUCGUCCAGGCCUUCAAGAUCGGCCUGCCAUUCUAAAGUCCACCCAGCCCUGAGGAGCCCCUUACCCCUAACCUGAGAGCAAUAAGACAGCCCCAGGAGUCCCCCAAGGGUGCUGAUUUGAACCUCGUGUAAUUUAUGUUCCCUAGGGGCACUCAUAAAAACCCCAGUGGAUAUUCAGGAGGCCUUCGUGGUCCCAAAAAGUCUUCCAGGGGGUGUCAGAUAGGCCUACAUGGCUCUGACCUCCCCAAAAACUCCCAAAAAGUCUUCCAAAUAGGGGGGGCGUUAGGUUCAAGAGCCCCACAGCCCCCCCUUCCCCCGUAAACCAAGUCUUCCAGGGGUAGGCGUGUGUCUCCCCGCCCCCCCCACAGCCUACAAGAAGCAAACAAGUCUUCCAUUUACUAGUGAUUAUUGUAGAUGUUACCUAGCCCGUCACCUGUAGUUAAUAUGAGGUGACGGCAGGUGUGUAUGUGUAUGUGUCUGUACGUGUGUGUACGUUUUUUCUGACUUGUGUACGUUAAGUGUGUGUGUUUGCUUGUUUGUGUGUGUGUGUGUGUGUGUGUGUGUGUGUGUGUGUGUGUGUGUUAGGGAUUACUGAUUCCUGUGUGUGUGUGUGUGUGUGUGUGUGUGUGUGUGUGUGUGUGUGUGUGUGUGUGUUCUGUUAUUGUUACAUUGGAAAACAGUCACAUGUGCACACAAGAGCCUCAUGUGCGUGUGCAUGUGUGCGUGUGUGUGUCUGUGCGUGUUCCUGUCGGUUUCUGGAUGUGGGGCGUGUGCGUGCGUGUGUGCAUGCGCGCGGCUUCACUAGUACAUACAGUUGUAGUGGUUAACUUGUAGACAUGACA